UAUAACCCUGUGCGCCUUCAGCUCUUCAUGAGCUCCAUAAUAGGCCACCCAGUUGGGGCCGCUCCUUAAGACGUUCUAAGCCCAUGCCAGCCUGUAAAUACUCAGAGUGAUCCCUGGUCCCUGGCGUGAUCUCGGCUCCAGCUGGGGCCAGUCCCUGGCGUGGGCCGUGGGGGCGGCCAUGGAGCUGGGCAGCUGCUUCAAGACCUACGAGGACUUCAAAGAGUGCUUCAGCGCCUACAAAAAAGAGAACAGGUGCUCCUUCAUUCUCAGGGACUGCGUCUCCGUCCGCUUCCACAACCUCAACCACGGCACCUCCAUCCGUGAGGACAUCCUAUAUGUGCAGGUGAAAUUUGUCUGUAUUCGGACCCAGUCAAACAGGAAGAGAACACGGGAGGCAGACACGUGCCCAGCAUACUUGCUUCUAAGGUACGACGAGAGACUAGAUAGACUAUUCAUCAGUGAACUAAAUACCCAGCACAUACAUGUUGAUUCCAAGACUGCUGGUCCUAGAGGAGACCCUGCUGGCAAAACUCAAAAGACAAUGUGCCUGCAUAAAUUCCAGCCAGUGCAGUCCACAAUCAAGAAAGACCUUGACACAGAUGAGAAGUUCCCAAUAGAACUAUCAUUUUGCCUAGAUAAGGGACAAGUACCCUCAAAACCAGAGCAGGAGAGCAUCACUCCUUCUGACCUGGCCAAGAUCGCACAAGUGAUGAAGAACUUUCUCAAGGUAGACGAGGGUUCCAUGGCCUCCUUCAGUGUGGGCACCAGCCACGACCUGGACCGGCUCAGCUUCCAGAGCAGCAAGAUGAGAGACCUCUUCAUCCGAUUCCCAGAGAACCUCCUGCUGCAUCGGGUAGAGAACACCCAGGGUCACAUCCUCUACGCCUUUUUGGUGGAGAACAAGGAACGAGAGGGUCGGGUGGUACACUUCUCUGUGCUCAAGGCGGAGACAGCCACCUCUGUGGCCAAGAUGCUGAGCAUCUUUACAGAGUUUAAUUCUGAUUGGUCCAAGGUCAAGGUGGUCUUUGUGGACCCUUCCUUCCCUCACCGAGACACUCUGCAGGAGAUCUUCCCUGCUGCCCGUAUCCUCCUUUCCAUCUACCACACAACCCGGCUCCUGGAGAAGAAGUUACAUCGGAGUUCAGCAAAUGCGUCUUUUAAAAGGCUCAUGAAGGAAGCUCUUCGGGAGGCUGUGUUUGUCACUUCUGAUGCAAGUCUGAAAACUCUCUGUCAGAUGUCCCAAGCUCUGUUGGAUGAGGAUCUCUUCAGCUUCCUGCAGGCCCACUGGUUCUCCUGUGGACUGCUGUGGUACAUGCACGUCAGGAAGGGCUUGCAUGCAUGUAACACCUACAUGGACAGCCUGGACAUUGUCACCAGCAAAGUGUCAAGCCUCUUUCGGGAACAGCAGUCCUUACUAGACUGCAUCCUUUGCUUUGUGGAUUACAUAGACUUCUUUAAUACCAAAGGCUUGAAGAACUUACCCACAGCUCCUCCCAAGUUAAAGAGGACCCGGCCUCCAAGCAUGCCAGCAAGGGCCAAGAAACCUUUCGGAAUCUGUGGCGGGAGCCUUGCCAGCCUCCCUGCGGAAAAGGUAAAGCCAGACUCACAGCAGGUUCCAUUGCAGCAGCAGCCCCAGGGACAGCCCUCUCAGGGAGGCAUGCUAGACACCUUGCACCAAAGUGGCUCUGAGCUAGCCUACAAGCUGUGUCACAAUGAGUGGGAGGUGGUACAGAAUUCCACCCACCUGGUGGACCUGGCAGGUUCUGCAGUGGCCGUUCAGCUGCUAGAAGAUUCUCACCAGGUGAGCAAAGAUGGCUCUAGCUGCAGCUGCUCUUUUCAACAAUGGUACCACCUGCCAUGCCGGCACAUUUUGGCCCUGCUGCAUACCAGUCAGCAGCCAGUAGGUGAGGCUAUGGUGUGCCGGCGGUGGCAGAAGAAGUAUCAGCACCUUCUUGGGCCUAAUGGGGAACUCCAGGACCGUAGUGUGAUCCCAAAUACAGACCAGCCUGAAAAACAAGGUCAGAACCACAUGAUUCAGGACCUAAGCAGGGAGCUAGCAAACCUGCUAAUGCAGACUGAGGGGCCCGAGCUGGAGGAGCGCUUUUCUACCCUGCGCAAGAUUGUGGACAUCUGGGCGGACCCAUGUCGUCCAUCUGCGUCCAGCCAGCAAUCAGAAGACUUCAAGGAUGUGGGCAGCCUCCCUUUCCUCUGGGGAAAGCAGGAGGAAGGGGAGGAACACCCUCUUGCUGAAGCCAUGAUUCAUGAUUGAAGCACUUGCACUUGUGCAUUGGACACUAGCCCCCUCUCUUUGGAAGUUCAGGAGUUGAAAGUGGGCAGGUCAUGCUAGGUCAGUACGUUAAACGAUGUCUUCCUGGGUAGGGCUAGGAAGAUUGUUAAAAUAGGGAAGAGAGGAACCACACUGCGUGACAGUCCUUUGAACCUGCCCCUUUUUGGUUCUACGUUUGGCAUUCCAUGGGCAUCUCAUCCAUUGUUCAAGGCCAAAGUUAUCUCAUGCAAAAGGUCACCUCACUUUUUUUUCUCUGACUUCUGGGAUCAGAUUUUAUUCACCCUACAGAGAUGAACCCCUGAUCAGGAUGAGACAAAAUGGGCCUGGUAAAAGGGCCAUUUUCAGGGACAAAGGGAAGGAGGGUGAUCCUUGACUGUUGCUGCUCUUUAUGAAGAAUUUGUUAUUUGUACCUAUUUUUAUUUAUAUUAAAUAAAGGUUUUUUUUAAAAGAAAGAAAAUAAGCAGGGGAAAUGUGUUUCAUUUGAUCAGGAAAGGAAGGGGAAUUGCAUAGCAGGACUCCUGGCUUUACUGUCAGGAAGGGGGUCCCCUCUAGUGGGUUUUUAUCUUUUGCAUUGCUGGGGAUUGAACCCAGAGCCUUGUGCUUGCUAGACAAGCUCUCUACCACUGAGCUACAUCCCCAGCCCUUAAGUAUUUAUUAAUUUUAAAGGAAAUUGACUAUUGUCUAAUGGAGUGUGAAGCCAAAUAGAACCUGAUGCCUCAAAUGUGGAGUUACAAUGCACCGCUUACUUUGCCCUCUUCCUAUCAACCAAGACUUCAAUGUUGAAUUUCAGGUGGCCUUAUAUUCAUUCUAGAAGGAGGACACCAAAUCCACUUCGAGCACAGAAACUCAAAUCCUAAAUUCUCCUGCCAGCAGGUUGCUAGAGAAACUAUGGACAAGUUCUUAAUUUCUUUCUUCCUUCCUUUAUAUUUAUUGUGGUAAUGGAGAUUGAACCCAAGGCCUACCACUUCAGCCAUAUCCACAGA